GAGCGUAGCAGAAACACACAAGGUGUGUCAUGAGUGAAUAAUUCAGAGUACACAAACUGUCAGCAUGUUAACUGCAGGAAAAACAUGCGCCUCUCUGCUUGCUAAACGGCUUCUGGUCACAUCAGGCUCUGUACCUACGGUGCUGGAUCAGUCAUGCCGUUCCAAACUCUUCCACACAUCUGCUUCACACAAUGGAGAUGUGGAGCUUCAUGAAGCAUGGGCCAGUCUGGCCAAGAAACAGCUCAAAGGAAAAAACCCUAAGGAUUUAAUCUGGCGCACUCCAGAAGGCAUCGCCAUCAAACCCGUGUAUACCCAGACUGAUACAGCAGCAGUGCAGGAUGAGCUGCCGGGUGUUCAUCCUUACACUAGAGGUCCCUACCCCACCAUGUACACAUACAGACCCUGGACCAUCAGGCAGUACGCUGGAUUCAGCACAGUGGAGGAGAGCAACAGGUUUUACAGGGACAAUAUCAAAGCGGGCCAGCAGGGCCUCUCUGUAGCGUUCGACCUCCCCACACACAGAGGGUACGACUCGGACAAUCCCAGAGUGCAUGGUGAUGUGGGCAUGGCUGGGGUAGCCAUUGACACCGUGGAGGACAUGAAGAUGCUUUUUGAUGGCAUUCCUUUGGAGAAAAUGUCUGUGUCUAUGACCAUGAACGGUGCAGUCAUCCCCAUCCUGGCCAUGUUUAUAGUGACGGGGGAGGAGCAGGGCGUAGACAAGGCUAAACUUACUGGCACCAUCCAGAAUGACAUCCUGAAGGAGUUUAUGGUCCGAAACACGUAUAUCUUCCCUCCUGAGCCCUCCAUGCAUGCCAUCGCAGACAUAUUUGCCUACACCUCAAAGAAUAUGCCCAAGUUUAACUCCAUCUCAAUAAGUGGCUACCAUUUACAAGAGGCUGGAGCAGAUGCCAUUUUGGAGCUGGCCUACACAAUUGCUAAUGGACUGGAGUACUGCAGAACUGGUCUAAAAGCUGGCCUUACUAUCGACGAGUUUGCUCCCAGGUUGUCCUUCUUUUGGGGCAUUGGUAUGAACUUUUACAUGGAGAUAGCCAAGAUGAGAGCUGCACGACGUCUCUGGGCCACUCUGAUCAAAGAAAAGUUCCAGCCCAAGAACUCUAAAUCCCUCCUGUUAAGAACUCACUGUCAAACAUCAGGCUGGUCCCUGACUGAGCAGGACCCUUACAACAACGUGAUCCGUACGGUGAUCGAGGCCAUGGCUGCAGUGUUUGGAGGUACACAGUCAUUGCACACAAACUCUUUUGACGAGGCGUUGGGGUUGCCAACAGUGAAGAGCGCCCGCAUUGCCCGCAACACCCAGAUUAUCAUCCAGGAGGAGUCCGGCAUCCCCAAAGUGGCAGACCCUUGGGGAGGCUCCUACAUGAUGGAGGCACUGACAAAUGAUGUAUAUGAUUCAGCCCUCAAGUUCAUUAAUGAGAUUGAGGAGAUGGGAGGGAUGGCUCGAGCUGUGGCUGAGGGAAUCCCCAAACUGCGCAUAGAAGAGUGCGCUGCACGUAGACAAGCUCGUAUUGACUCCGCCUCUGAGGUCAUCGUGGGGGUGAACAAGUAUCGCCUGGAGAGUGAAGAGACUGUGGAGGUUCUGGCGAUUGAUAACACUGUUGUGCGGCAAAAGCAAAUUGAGAAGCUUCAGAAGGUCAGAGAGAACCGAGAUGGUGCGGUAGUGCAGAAGUGCCUGGCUGCUAUAGAGCAGUGUGCUCGUACCAGAGAUGGAAAUCUGCUGCAGCUUGCUGUUGAGGCUGCCAGGGCAAGGUGUUCUGUGGGGGAGAUCACUGAUGCCAUGAAAGCAGUUUUUGGGGAGCACAAGGCCAGCACUCGCAUGGUGAGUGGAGCGUACCGCAGCGAGUUCGGCGAGCACGAGGAGAUUAGCCUGGCACACAGCCGGGUGGUGGAGUUUAAGAAACACGAAGGCAGGAAUCCCCGUCUGCUCGUGGCCAAAAUGGGGCAAGACGGACAUGACCGGGGGGCAAAGGUCAUUGCCACCGGGUUUGCUGACCUAGGCUUUGACGUGGACAUUGGACCACUGUUUCAGACCCCACGUGAGGUGGCUCAGCAGGCAGUGGAUGCGGAUGUUCACUGUGUAGGUGUCAGCACUUUGGCAGCUGGCCACAAGACACUGGUCCCUGAACUCAUUAAGGAGCUGCGCAACCUUAACCGCCCAGACAUCCUGGUCAUCUGCGGUGGAGUCAUCCCCCCACAGGACUAUGAAUUUAUGUACCAGAGUGGGGUUUGCUGUAUCUUUGGGCCAGGAACAAGAAUUCCUCAAGCUGCAGUGGAGGUCAUUGACAGUAUUGAGAAGAGUCUGGAGAAGAAUCGACAGGCAGUGUAACUGACUGGGAUAUGAAAGCACUUAGCUGAGCACUUAUCUUUAGUUGAUUUAUGGUCAAGCAAGAUGUAGAAAUUUGCAUUUAUGAGUUGUUACAUCAUAUUGAACACUUCCUCUAAUUUACUGACUGGGAUGACAUUUGUAAUCUGUUCACUGAUUCUGAAUCUGUAGUUAUAAUAAUGGUAUAUAAUUAAAGCUGCAGUAUGUAACUUAAAAAACAUACAAACCAAAAAAACCUAAAAAAGAAGUACUACUGAGUUCUGAUGAUUUUUUUAAAAGUAAAACGAGCUUUUGUUGUACCUUUUUAAGUAGCUAGGGCAAGUGACUGCAGCAAUCAGAUUGGCAGUUUUUAAUUUUAGAGAACCUGUACUUAAUAUGGCUAAAUGAAUUUGCACCAUAAACUUGAUUAUGGUUUGGUAACUGCUGUAAAAAUGAGGGAUCUUCAAAAAGUUGGAGGCGGUGAGGGUGGGAGGAGUAGUUAUUGGUCGUGUCUGGAAGACUGAGAGAGCUUAUAGUCCGGAUUUAGUGGCAUCUGAUUUCCACCUUUUUGGACCGCUCAGAGAAGCUUUAAGGGAAAGAAGAUUUUUAUGUGAUGAUGAUGUGCAAGCAGCGGUGCAACAGUGGCUACGUGCUCAACCAAAAACAUUUUUUGCUGAUGCAUCAAAAAUGCAUCGGAAGGUGACUAUGUAGAAAAGUGAUGUCAUUUGAUUUUGAAAUUCUUAAUAAAUAGAGAUAAAAAAAAAAGUGCGGAAACUUUUCGAAGAAUAUAUAUAUCUAUAUACAGUAUAUAUAUAUCCACUUGCCACCCAUUAGAUACCAGCACAACUGGCAUACACUACAUGGACACUAUACGUAUUGGGACACCUCUUGUAGUGAUUGAAUUCAUGUGAUUCACCCACAACAAUUGCUAAUGUGCAAUAAAUCAAUUAUAUGAAGGGAAUUGUAUGCUUCCAACUUUGCAGCAACAGUUUGUAGAAGGCCCAUUCCUGUUCCAGCAUGAAGACAAACUUGGUUUGAAGAAACUCCAGUAAACAUCAAAGCCCAGCCAUACAAAUGCAGGUUUGACUAAAUGGGCACAAAUUCCCACAGGCAUACCUUAAAGUCUUGUGAGAAGCUUUCUCAGAGGAGCGUCUGCUGUUAUAGCUCUUUUAAUGCCAUUUGUUUUUGAAAUGAAAUGCUUAAUAAGUGUAAUUGAAUGUGCUUGCAGUAACACAAUUCCACCAGAGAGGUCUCCAAAGUACUAAUGUUUUCUACUGCAGCUUUAAUAUGGAAAGAAUUAAUAAAUAAUUAAACACAAAGUUUGUAUAAAUAUAAAUCUUUUGUGUGUUCUUUGUGAUGCUUUAUGCACAUAGGUUACUGCUCUGUUCUUACUGUGUUUAAUAGAUCUCUGCUAACCUUUCUUUUUUUACACGAGUGAUGUACGAGUGUCAUUGCACAUGUUUAAAAUCAAUGUGUGCUUUUUUCGUGCAUGGCAUUCAGCCUUCGUCUUUCCUGUGUACAAUAAUGAUGAAAACAUUAAAUGUGAAUAAUAAUUGCA